AUGUCGGGAUACUACGAGCCUUCGCAAUGGCCUCCUACUGGGCAGUCCGGCUGGGAUCACCAGACUCCUCCGCCGGCACGCUCUGGUGCUAGCUCCACCAUCCCCCGCGAAGAGCCUGCGGCCUUUACGCAUCAGCUCGAGGAGGUCGACAGAGCCAUCGACAACCUCCUUAAAAGCGGGAAGAUGUUUGGAGCCAUCGGAGGCCGCCGUGAGUCUCUACCUUAUCCCGGCCCCGCCAGAAUGUACCCAGCCUUUGACGGACGCCCACCGGCAGGCCCGGGUUCCCGGCCUCACUCGAUGGCCGACUAUGGUGAUGCACGCGGCGGCCCCCAUCCGGGCUCCAACCUCCAGAACUUCUACGCCUCCCAGCGACACCAAACCUCGCGCGGCUCAAACGAGGCGGAACAAAUGAUGCAGGCCAAGAGGAGAAUGGCCGCCCAGCGGGAGCGAGAGCUUCGGAACUAUCAUCAAGAGCAGCAAUACAACCGAACUGUUCUCGCCGAAAUCUCGUCGUAUGGCGGCAACAAGCCGGACCGCACCAUAAGCCCCGGCAGCCUGUCCGAGGAAGACCGCCGGAAGCUCAUUGCCCAGCAGCGUAGUGCCCUGUAUGGCGACGGUUCGUAUGCCGAAAGUGGCGGUUACGUUGACGAGACGGGUGCACCGCGAGGCGGCCUCCCUGCCCCCCAAGGCGGACCGGCUGCUCUGCGCGGCCACUCCCCCAUGACAUACGACUACAGCCGCGUGCCCCCGAUCCAUACCGACGUCGGCCCUCAGCCUCCUGUUGAAGGCGGACAGGGAUCGCAGUCUGCCGGACCCAACGAGAGGUCGCGAGCGAACAGCAACUCGAGCCCGCAGUCAAAUCCGCCCGCCGGAAAGGGCGUCUUUGACGCUCCGGCUGCCCAGCAGUCGAGCCGCACUAGCGCCUCAUCCCCCGGAGGGUCUCCGCCGCGCCAGGGUGCUCCGGGCAGCAAGCCAGGUCAGGGCUCGGUCGCGCCCAUUGGCACCCGUCCGUCUGUGUCCAACGCCCCGACGAACCCGGCCUUGAACAAGCGUUCCACCACCCCGCUGCCAUCGCCGCUGAGCCAGGGCUACACUGCCUCGGGGAACGAUGAGACUUCUGCGUCUGGCAGCACCGCUCCGGCCAAUGCUUCCUCCUCGGCAGCCUCUGAGGGACCAAACAUUGGUCUUUCUGGCUGGGGAUCCCGUCCGAACGGCUGGGGCAGCAAGCCUGGUCUUGGUGUCCAAGCUAGUGUCUGGGGCUAA